AUGUUAUGGCAAAACCAGUAUUGGAUAUCGAGAGCUGAAAUUUUGUACCAUAAAUACUUAAAUAGUGAAAUAAAGUUGUUGAGACUUCAAGAAGCACUAAAGGAAGUAAAAGACAUUAAAGCGAACAUGGAACAUCGACUUGAUGUAAAAGAAUGGAAAACAACAUUGGAGAACGGUAGUUUGUAA